CCAGUAUGGUAUUGUAGUGUUAUCACGAAAUACUCGGGCAUAUGUUUUGCAUGCAUAGAAGAUGUAUCUCUUAAUAGGUCUUAGUGCGAGACUCGUGCUACGUUUGGGUCGCAUACUUGAACAGAGUGAAGUCGUCUGUUUCCGGCACACGCUUCUUUUGUAAAUAUAUCUACUUCACAGUUGGCCUAAAAAGAAGUCUCUCGAUAAAACAGUGACUUCUAUAUUCGAACUCUGAGAAGGCUAAUCAAAUCACCAUGGGUUCAGUAGGCGAUGCGAACUAUGAGAAUGGGGCUGGGGGACAGAAGCAGAUCCUUCUAAAUGCCUUUGAUAUGUCCACGGUGGGACACUUAUCACCAGGCCAGUGGAAAGAUCCGGAUGAUAGAUCAGCCACGAAACGAAAGCUGGACUACUGGGUUAAUUUGGCCAAAGUGUUAGAGAAAGGAGAUAUCAAUGCUUUGUUUCUGGCUGACACCUACGGUGGCUAUGACACAUAUGAAGAUUCGCUGGACAAUUGUAUCCGAAGAGCUGCGCAAUGGCCAGUCACGGACCCUACAAUUCCGAUCAGUGCCAUGGCUGCAGUGACCAAGAACUUGGCUUUCGGGAUUACUGCCUCAACAUCCUUCGAACCUCCGUUUCUUCUGGCGAAGAGAUUCUCCACACUCGACCAUCUGACAAAUGGCCGAAUUGGUUGGAAUAUUGUGACAUCCUGGAAGAAAGGGGCGUUUAAGGCUAUUGGACUGGACGAACCGAUCGAGCAUGACCGUCGUUAUGCUCAAGCAGAUGAGUAUCUGCGUCUAACAUACAAACUAUGGGAAGGCUCAUGGGCAGAUGACGCAGUCGUUGCUGAUGCGGAGAAUGAUACCUAUGUUGAUCCGGACAAGGUCAGAGUGAUUGACCACAAGGGAGAAUUCUACAACCUUGAAAGUAGACAUAUCGUCGAUCCUAGCCCUCAGAGGACGCCGUUCCUCUUCCAAGCUGGAACAUCACCAGCCGGGUCCCAGUUUGGUGCAACUCAUGCGGAGGCUAUCUUUGUUUCCGCGCACAGCCCUUCUGUCUUGAAGCCCAGGGUUGCAAAGAUUCGGGAAUUGGCACAGGCGGCCGGUCGUGAUCCUCAAUCCAUCAACUUCUUUGCUACCUUUACCCCGAUUAUUGGCCGGACAGAAGAAGAGGCAAAAGCAAAGUUUGAAAGAGCGAAGCGCUACGCUUCCCCUAUCGGGGGGCUCGUUCUCUUCUCUGGCUGGACGGGAAUAGACAUCUCCAAGAUCCCGCUGGAUGAGGAGAUAGACCCCGAAAAGCAUUCUCUAGAGAAGCACAAGGUUACGUCGAUCGCAGAAACUCUCACUGCCAGAACUCCAGAGCUACCCUCCCUGACACCUCGCUUGGUCGCUGAAGUUGCGUCCAUCGGUGGGUUAGGACCUGUAGCUGUUGGUACUCCAGCCCAGGUGGCAGACGAGCUCCAACGUUGGAUCCGGGAGGCUGAUAUCGACGGAUUCAACCUUGGUUAUGUUACAACGCCUGGAACCUUUGAAGACGUCGUCGAUUUGCUCGUACCCGAGCUUCGCAGUCGCGGCGUCUACCCUCCAAAGAGGGAUGAGCAAGAUCCACCACUGACUGCCCGGGAGAAGGUGUACGGAAAAGGUCAAAAUAGGCUGCGUGACGAUCAUGUGGGCAGUCACUACAAAUAUCCAGUAUAUAAGACCGACCCUCCCUUCAUUAAAGAGGCUCCUUCGCAGUGAAUAUAGCUGCCUGUCUGUCCUUGAUCAGAUUAGCAUUAUUGACACGGGGAUCUAAAGUCAGACGAUAGACGCCGUUAUUCAAGAGCGGCCGUCCUCGUGGUCUGGUAUUUCGAACCCCGAGAUAAUUUCAGGAACCAGUCCAUAUAACACGAAUAAAAGGAUAAAUUCAUUAUGAUUCAUCCAAUCAGUUCCCUGUUAAUUCACUCGUUCGUUAACCAACUAACUAGUUAGUUAGCCAACUAGCUAUUUUUACAUAAGCAUAAGACAGGC